AUGAGCCGGUUGCUGCAGUGCCCCGUCUAGGAUCUUCAGCCAGGACACUGGCGCAGACAAACACAGUGCUGGUCUGCCUCCAGCACCUCGCCGAAGACCCCAAACCAGGGCCAGACUAAAGCUCUGCCUAUCUCCUUCCCCGCACCCCGUCAGCACCAUGAGCCCGAGACUUCUCGCCGUCCUGCUGCUGGCCGUGCCAGCUAUCUCCCUUCCUGUGACAAAUGAAAUGAAUAAAGGGGACACUAAGGUGAUGAAGUGCAUCGUGGAGGUCAUCUCUGAUACUUUAUCAAAGCCAAACCCACUGCCAAUCAGUGAGGAAUGCCUAGAGACGCUCAGAGGAGAUGAACGAAUCAUUUCUAUCCUUCGCCACCAAAAUUUACUGAAGGAACUUCAGGAAAUUGCAGCUCAAGGUGCCAAUGAGAGAACUCAGCAGCAAAAGAAAAGUGGCUUUGAAGAUGAACUUUCUGAAGUCCUUGAAAGUCAGAAUGAUGAGAACAAGCAAAGAGAUGUGGCACAACAGCACCCUGAGGAGGAGCAGCCCACAGCAUCCCUGGCUGAGCUGGCAGCACAGAAAACCCAGCAAAAGGAAGAUGUGAGAGAAGAAGGAAAAAAUAGCCUGGAGGUAGGGGAACCUAAGCUGCAGGAUGCCAGCCCUGGUGAGAAGGAUGACCAGGACGAAGCAGAGAGCAACGAGAUCAAGGAUGCAGAAGAUGUGCAGGGAGAAGCAGCUUUGGACAACCAUGUUGACAAAGAUCUGGGUGAGGAUGAGCAACAGCAGCGAGGGGAAGGAGAGGAGCAGCGCAGAGGCCCCAGGAACAGCCUGGAGCUUGAGGAGGAGGGAGAGCAGCCAUCCAGGCAGGGCCAGGGGCAGAGCAAGGAGGAGGCAGCAGAGGAGCGCGUGGAGCAGGAGGAUGAUGGAGAAGAUGCUCCUGGAGAGGAGGACCCUACUGAAGCAGAGAGAUUACUUGAUUUGGCUGAGGAGGAGGGGGAGGCUGAGGAGAUGCAGGAAGAUGAUGGUAAUGACGAUGCUCUGGGAUUUGGCAAAGAUGAGCAGAGCUCUGAAGAGGAGGAAGAGCAGCCACGUGUACUGAGACGAGGAAGGCAUCGCCUGGAGGAUGAGGGAAUGCAGGCAGAGGAGGAUACCUUUCAGUCCAGGGAUGCCAAAAGUGAGGAAAUGGAGGAUGAGUCCUCCAGGGAGUGGGAAAACUCCAAGAGGUGGAACAAAAUGGAUGAGCUGGCCAAGCAGCUGACAUCAAAGAAGCGCAUGGAGGAAAAUGAUAGUGGAGAAGACCCAGACAGGUCCAUGAAAAUGGCAUUCAGGUCUCACAAGUAUGACUUCAGUAGUCCAGAGGAAGAUGUGAGAAGGUCAUGGAAGCAUCACUCAAAGGAGGAUAGCAGUGAAGGAUUUCCGCUUGCUCCCAUGCCUGAAGAAAAGAAGGAUGAGGAAGGCAGUGCUAACAGGAGAACAGAGGACCAGGAGCUGGAGAGCCUUGCCGCCAUCGAGGCCGAGCUGGAGCGCGUGGCCCACAAGCUGCACGAGCUGAGGCGGGGCUGAGGGCUGGCCGCAGCCUCUCUCCACCGUGGUCUCCAUUCCCGGUCUCAUGCCGAGUACGAUGAGCAGAAGCACCGCGCCUUGGACGCCGGCCCCACGGGCGCCAGGCCUGCCUCCCUCGCAGUAGUGUUGUGCCCAUCACCGCUUCUUGUCCCCACGCUCCUUUCUCCCCUACGGAUGUCCACCCGCCCCAUCGGGCUACCGUAGCCAAGAAGUGUGACCUACACCUGUAUUUUCUCUCUUUUUCUUUAUUUUUAUUUCCUCCUUCCCUUUCUGUUUUUUAAAAGACAGGAGAGCUUUCUAGGAAGCUCUCCUCCCACCGGUAGUUUCACUGGGUAAAACUGCAAUAACUUGUUACCUUUUGAUUAAAAGCUGAGAACUCUGACUGUAAUAUAUUCUAUAUAAAAAAUUUAUCUAAGGAAAAAUAAAACCACGGUGGGCUCUUU